AUGCUCGCCCGUUCUCUGCGCACAUCUCAACACACUUCCCGCGGUCUGCUCAAUCGCACUGCCGGUCCGUCAUACACCGCAUGCAGCCGCGCCGUCGGUGCUAGGGCUUUGACCACUCCUGCUCGUCCUGUUGUCGCGCGCCCUCGUCUCACCCUUAUGCAGGUCCGCCACGCGUCCCAGUCCGAGGCCGACGCCGCCCCAGUAGGUACGCACGCCAUGGUCGGCCGCCAGCUGCGUGAGGCCGUCGAGGCCGAGCUCGCCACCUUGCGCUCGCGCAUCGCCGGCCUGGGCGGGGGCGCCGAGACUGACACGACGUGGCUACGCCAGCUGAGCGACGAGGAGACGGCGUUUGUCAACCUCGGCCAGGUCCCCGGCGUGGACGGGUCCGAAAUCAUCACGCUCAUCGACCUCGACCUCCGCGCUGUGCCGUUUACAGACGCGCAAAAGGCUGGACCCGAGGGCAAGGGCGUGCAUGUGCCGCUCCUCGCGCACGUCGGCACUACGGACCCCGCGGUGCCGUGUUACCCCGUCAACGAGCUUUUCGGCGGCCGUGGGUCGCAUGUGGCCGGCCUCGUCAAGGACGUGCUUGGCGCCCAGCUCGCGCGCAAGAAUGCCGGUUUGGCAGAGUCGCAGGUCAAGAGCGGGUUGCCGCUUGUCGCGGUCGUGGUCCCCGCCAAGGGCGAGCAGAGGGACCUCGCGCUCCCCCUCGCCAUCUCGCUGUAUCGCCUCGCGAUGCACGAGGGUAACGGCCACACAGAGGGUACAGCGGCCGACGCGCAGUAG